ACAAAAUUGAAGAAGCACAAAAGCAACUUAAUGGAACAGAAGACCAACAGAGAGAAAUCACCGAUGCUGGUACUAGAGGAACCCAAGAUACAAUUAAGGGCGUGAAACGAAAAAAGAUCGUGACUGAAAACCACCUAAAAAAAAUACCAAAAUCGCCUUUGAGAAGCCCUGCCGAAGCCAAGGUGAAGCAAAAUGUAGACCCUUCACCUCUGAAAGCUCUUCCAGAUGCCUCUGAACAUGCACAGGAUCACCUACCUGUGCAGAAUGGAAACCAAUGCACCAAACAGAACGGGGGAGCGCUGAGCAGUGAGAUAGGUGUGGAAACCACCGCCUCCGAGGCGUCCGUGCAGACCAAGCUUUCAUUGGCUCCUCAGUCCCUAGAUCUGGGUAAACAGGCAGUGGAGGAUACUGCUGCAAACCAACUGAACUCACCUGAGAAGAAAUCUCUCUCCAACUCCUCAAGUAAAACAAAGACUGACGCUAAUGAAUGUAUUAAUUUUGUUGACGGCGGUACGUCAGCCCCGUGUACACGCACCGCGUUCGAUGUCUUAUUAAAAGCUAUGGAGCCUGAACUGAACACCUUAGCACAAGAGUGCCCCUCUUAUGGGAUGCAGGUAGAGAAACUGAGACCAAAUAAAACUGUAAGCACCUCUUCUAGUCUCACGUCCAAUACGGUGAGCGUCCAAAGUCAGUCUGCUUUGUCACAGCAUGAGUUUGCAGGUGGGCCUCACUAUUACUCGUGCACGUUAAACAACGUGCAUGUAGCAGCAGCAGCCAAGACUGGACAAGCACCAGGCCAGUCAGUUUCUCACUCACAAGACCUUCUCACUAAAACCAGUCAACAAAAUCACCAGGUUGUUGUGUGUCCAAGUUUCACUAGAUCGUUGGUGCAACAGCAGAGUCAAGACAACCCCAAGCUCCAGCAGUUAUACAGCAUAGCAGUGACUUCGUCUGUCGUUCACACCUCAUCUUCCAGUGCAACUCAGGUUUUUCCUCCAAACCAGUUAGUAGCCAGUUCGUCUUCACCUCUGUCGAUCAGCACCUCGAAUUCCACACAGCUGUCUAUAGGUCCCGUGUAUAACUCAGCCCAGAUAGCAUCAGUCGUAAACCAUGGUGUAGAGCAAAUAUGUAACCUCCUGAAAGACCAGAAGCCGAAGAAGCUGGGGAAAUAUGUCUGUGAGUACUGCAACCGGGCCUGUGCCAAGCCCAGCGUCCUCCAAAAGCACAUCAGGUCCCACACCGGCGAGCGGCCCUAUCCCUGCGUGACCUGUGGCUUUUCCUUUAAAACCAAAAGCAACCUCUACAAGCACAAAAAAUCCCACGCACACGCUAUCAAGCUGGGACUUGUCCUCCAACCAGAUGCAGGAGGCCUCUUCUUGUCUCACGACUCGGACAAAGCACUUAGCAUCCAUUCGGACGCGGAGGAGAGCGGCGAGAGUGAAGAUGAAGGCACUGCUGAUGAAAGACAAGAUGAUCAAGAACUGGAACCUGCCCAGAUAGCAAAAGUCAUUUCGAGUGCAGAAACCUUGCGGAAGGGAAGCCCCGUCCCAUUGAGCAACCCAGAUUGUAUACCAGGUGACUCUUCCUUACCUGAUGCAGAACCUCAAGUAAGGGCAGCUUUACCAAAAGUAGUAGUUCACCCUGUAAAUGUUUCCCCAUUAAGGGCUGACAGCCCAAAAGUAACAGAACCAGCACCCGAGCUCGCUGCAGCACAGAGGAAAGGAGAUCUCAAAGUGACAGCUCUUCAGUCAAAUUUAACACACACAGCCUCAUUCAAGGAGGGUGAUGUCAAGCAGCACCAGAAAGCAGAGAUGGGCCUGUUGGAGGAACAGCUGGGAUCCGCGGUAGGAGCGGCACAUGCUCAGCUCCAGAGACAACAGGCGACCGAUGGCUCCCAGGACCAGCAAGGAAAAUGCCUUUUGAGCCCCAGAAGUUUGGGUAGUACUGAUUCUGGGUAUUUCUCUCGUUCUGAAAGUGCCGAUCAAACCAUGAGCCCACCAGCUCCUUUCGUAAGAGGAGUGUUGGCCUCUGAGAAAGAUUCAAGCAAAAACCUGCCCUGUGGGCCGCGAGCGAGCGGCGUGGUGGCAUCAGUGGUACAGACUGUCUGUGCCGAAAAAAAUCUGAUUCUCUCGGGCCAAAUGCGACCUCCCAUGGCAACGAAAACCCUGGAGGAGCGCAUCUCAAAGUUAAUUUCUGACAACGAAGCCGUUGUGGAUGACAAGCAGUUGGAUAGUGUGAAACCCAGAAGAACGUCUCUUUCGAGGAGAGGAAGCAUAGAUUCACCCAAAUCCUACAUAUUUAAGGAUUCUUUCCAGUUUGAUUUAAAGCCCAUGGGAAGAAGAACUAGCUCAAGCUCUGAUAUACCAAAGUCUCCUUUCACACCCACUGAGAAAUCGAAGCAAGUUUUUCUUCUCUCUGUACCAUCCCUUGACUGUUUACCUAUAACACGAAGUAAUUCCAUGCCUACGACCAGUUACUCAGCAGUACCUCCAAACGUCAUACCUCCCUCUCAUCCCCUUCGAGGAAGUCAGUCCUUUGAUGAUAAAAUUGGCUCUUUAUACGAUGAUGUUUUUGUAUCGGGACCUGCUACUCCUCUGAACCAAGGUGGACAUCCUCGGACCCUUGUUAGACAGGCAGCAAUAGAAGAUUCUUCUACUGGUGAAAGCCAAGUUCUUGGACCGGUGCGAUCUGUAGAAGAAAGUUAUCUGGGAUGUAAUUUAUCAAACGAAUCUUUAUUGCAAAGGAGCAAGUCCCUGGCACAGGGAUCAAAUGUAGAAAAAACCAAGAAGUCCCCUCAGGUGCGAGGCACGAUGUUUGAGUGUGAGACCUGCAGAAACAGAUACAGAAAACUGGAAAACUUUGAAAACCACAAGAAAUUUUAUUGCUCAGAGUUGCACGGACCUAAAACUAAAGCAGCAAUCCGAGAGCCUGAGCAUAAAACUGUUCCAAACAGCACGCAGCCUCAAAUCCUACACUACAGAGUCACCACUUCAACGGGUGUGUGGGAGCAGACACCCCAGAUAAGGAAAAGAAGGAAGAUGAAAAGUGUUGGCGAUGAUGAUGACCCCCAGCAAAACGAUACGAGCGUACCAUCAAAGAACACAGACGGCCAAAGCAAGCCAGCAAAUUCCUCUGGUCUCUCAAAACACAGCGCCACAACGGUGGUGGGAUCACAGAAGCCAAGCAACCUUCUCCUGCAGAGUUCCCAAGUCCAGCUGGUGGCUCGGGGCACGGAUCAGACGGCCGAGCCAAAAACAGCCCCUCUCUCUGAGAAGCAGGCAAGCCCAGCUGUGCAAGAGAAAGUGGAGCUGAAAAGGCAAGGGACUGGCAUUUCAGUGAUCCAGCACACCAAUUCCCUGAGCAGAAACAGCUCCUUCGAGAAGUCGGAGUCCUUCGAAAGGUUGUCACCCGUGUCCUCUCAGGAGCCCAACAAGGCUGUGAAGCACCGCUCCUUGAAUACCAUCGUCGUCCAGGAGGACAGACACUGUCAGCUGAACACUCCCCAGCAUCCCCAGCCCCUCUCAUCAGAGCCACCUCGAGGGGAGCUUCAGGGAGCCCAGGCCGUCCCUGCCGAGCGAAGCGCGCCGCUCCAGCCGGCGAGGCUGGUUCGCCAGCACAACAUCCAGGUGCCCGAAAUCCUGGUGACGGAAGAGCCGGACAGGGAGCAGGAAAACCAGUGCAGCGAGCAGGAGAAGGCAGAGAGGUUUAACUGGCCGCAGCGCAGCGAGACGCUGUCGAAAUUGCCCACGGAAAAGCUCCCACCGAAGAAGAAGAGGAUUCGCUUGGCCGAAAUGGAGCAUUCCUCUGCCGAGUCGAGCGUUGACUCCACCCUUUCCAGAAGCCUGAGUCGGGAGAGUAGCUUGUCUCAUACCUCCAGUUUCUCAGCCUCACUUGACAAAGAUGACACCCUGAAGGUUGAGAACCCUUCCAAAGCGGAGCCUGUUAGUAAGUCAGAGUUCCUGAUGAUUCCUGCCGGGCUGGCGGGGCCGGGGCCUCCUUACAGGGAAAUGAGACGUGCUGCCUCGGAGCAGAUCAGCUGCACGCAGCCGUCCAUGGAGGUGGUGGACUACAGGAGUAAAUCUUUUGACUGUGGAAGCAUCUCUCCACCGAAACCUGCCCCGCUCGUAGAGACAGCCGCUCCCAAAGUCUCCUCUGCAAACGGAGCCGCUGGGCACGUGCCUCUGCUGGAAAGGAGGAGGGGCCCGUUUGUGAGGCAAAUCUCCUUAAAUAUUGCUCCAGAGAAUCAUCAGGCCCAGGGGAAGUCGAGUUCCUCGUUUCAGACAGCUCAUGCUACAGAUGUGCCCACGGUGCCAUUGCAGAGGCCGCCGACCUCCAGCAAACCUUUGGGGGAGUUUCCUUCCAGCACUCAGCAUUCGCAGACUCACUCCAGGCCCCACUCAGCAGCUCAGAAUUGUAAUCCUGUUACCCUGUCUUCGGUCCAGCCGCCUCUAGAUCAUGUAUUGAGUAGUCAAGGGCAGCCAUCAUCGAUUCAUCAGCCUUCCCAGACACCUACUAAAACAUCAGCCCAAGGGGAACAAGCGAGCACAUACAUGCUUUCUGGUCACCCCAAUGAGAAAAAGGAUUGCUUUGCUCCAAAGUACCAGCUUCACGUUAAAACGUUACAUAUAGGUCAGCCAUACUCUUCUAAAUUGCUAAAAAAUACCUUACCCACUCAGACUGUUCCAAGUCAGGUUGGGGUGGACCAGAAUGUAUCCUCCUUUGAACUGCAGACUAAGCUGUCUGAGAUGUCUAACCCCUACUCUGUGCCUCCUCUAAAGCAAAUUGUCCCCAAUAACUGCAGCAGCCAGGUACAGCAGAUUGCUCCCUUUGUGGUCCCCGUCCGUAUCCAGAGCAGUGUGCCAUCCUAUGGCUUUGCAACUGUUACACCCCUCCCUCACAUCUUAGUCACCCAGGAUCAGGUAACUCAGUCUGUUUGCAAAACAAAUGUUGCGACGGUGCCAACGCUUGAAGGCAAAGCUCAGCUGCCAAAGUCUCACAAAGAUCAUCAGAGGACUUUGCCAAAUUCGUUUGAAUUUGAAAGUUCGCAGCCAGAAAGCGGAACCAGAAAUUCACCUUUGUCAAGCUCUUUGAAUAUCAUUCAGAAAGUGCCAGUUAGUGGACUCUUCCCUCAACCAGAAGCUACAGCUUCAAGUAAACGAAUGCUUUCCCCAGCCAACAGUUUAGAUAUUGCCAUGGAAAAACAGCAAAAACGUGUUAAAGAUGAGAGUGGAGCUGCCUGUGUGACAGAUGCUAGGCCCCUGCACCCUCUGAACGUUAAAUCCAGUGACCCUACUGGUAAGCAGAAGAAACCAGUUUUGGUAAGACAGGUUUGCACCACAGAGCCUCUUGAAAAUCACCUUUUAGAUCCCGAUGGUGCUGCACAGCAUGAAAAAAGCAGCAAGGCUGGUACUUCAGACCUGCUGUUGCCUGACUGUCAUUCCUCUGACACUGGGGUUUCAGAAGCCCUAAAGGAGUCACCAGAAUCUGAAGACCUGAAGUCUUCAGCAUCGCCAGUGUUUGUAGCUAGAAAACCAUCUGAAUUGUCUCCAGGGAAUAAUCAGAGUUCUCUUCUCAAGGCUGUAAGCAGCAGUCAGGAGGGAAGGUCCCCAGGUAACCCUGAGAGCAAGCACCUCAGUGGCCAAGGCCAAGCAAAGCCUGUAACUACCCUGGCUGGGAUGAAUGCAGAACUGCAAAGGUUGUCAUUCCCCAGCCUCAAGACCACAACGAGUUUUACCUGGUGUUACCUCCUGAAGAGAAAACCAUUACAUCUGCUGCAAAACGACCAGAAAAUCUCAGCCUAUUCCACGUGGACCAUUAGUCCCAACAAUCCCAAUCCACUGGGUUUGUCGACGAAAGUAGCACUCUCCCUCCUCAAUUCCAAACAAAAAGUUGAAAAACCAUUGUACACUCAAGCAAGAACUACUCAUCCCAGGUCUGAUGUCUUGGUCUAUUCGAGCAAGUGGAAGAACAGCUUAACCAAGAGAGCAUUAAAUAGAAAAAAACUGGCUGCAGCUGAAUUCAGCAAUAAGGAAAACUCUGAAUCAAGCACUGAGCACGAUAAAGAAAAUUCCUUUAUCAAAUCUGAACCAAGAAGAGUUAAAAUCUUUGAUGGCGGGUACAAGUCCAACGAGGAGUACGUGUACGUGCGGGGGCGGGGCAGAGGGAAGUACAUCUGUGAGGAGUGCGGCAUCCGCUGCAAGAAGCCCAGCAUGCUGAAGAAGCACAUCCGCACCCACACCGACCUCCGGCCCUACCACUGCACCUACUGCAACUUCUCCUUCAAAACGAAAGGAAAUUUAACAAAACAUAUGAAGUCAAAGGCACAUAGCAAGAAGUGCAUGGAUUUGGGAGUCUCAGUAGGCUUAAUAGAUGACCAGGAUGGAGAAGAGGAAUUUGGCGAGAAGCAGAGGUUUGGCUACGACCGCUCGGGCUACGACGGGGAGGAGUCCGACGGGGCCGAGGAGGAUGAAAACGACAACGAGGAUGACGAUGAGGACAGCCAGGCUGAGUCAGUCCUGUCCACAACCCCCUCGGUGACAGCCAGCCCCCAGCACCACCCCUCCCGACACGCCCUGCAGGACGAAGACCUCAGGCUGCCAGACUGUUUGGCCGGGGUCCACACGGACUCCAUGGAUGGUCUCCCAAAAGCUCUGCUGACAACGAUGACCGUCCUGAGCGCGGCGCAGUCGGGUAGCAGGACCUCCAGGUCACCAGCAGAAUUCACCCAUCAGGAAGCACAGGAGGAUAAAACCCAGGAGAGAGGAGCAGGUCCCCGUGCUGCAGAGGUGGCUCCCGCGUCUCCAGGGCGCCAGAUGUCUGUGGAUUACCCCGAUCCAGAAGCAGCUUUGGGCCACUCCUUGACAUCCAGUGCAGCUCUUCCAAAGAGCUCGGCCUCGCUCAGCUCGCCCCCCUCGCCCGCGGACCGCGCCGAAAUCCCGGAGGAGAAGCCGGGCAG